AUGGAGGUGAAGAAUGAAAAAAGGGAGCAAUGUGAUGCAUUUAAAAACGUAAUUAAGGAGGCAUCAUCAAAAUUGGAUGCGAUCUAUGCUAAAAUAGACUCUCUUCAAAAGAAGCAGGAUCAUGACUUAAAGUUUUUGGCGAAGGAACAAAAACAAUUGAAAGAGGUGUUACAUCAAAUUGACACUAAACGAUUUCAACUAAUGAAGGAGCUUGAGGGUCUUACAAAAAGCCAUCCUAAAGAAUCUCUUUCCAAAGACAAUGAUCACGUAUUGGCUAAUAAGCAGCAGAAUCUGAAAGAAAUUGAACAACAAUUGAACACAUUACUGCAAGAGCAGGAGGUAUUAUACAAAGAACUUGAAGACAUGGAGACUGAUGAAGAAUUAUGGCUGCGUCAAAUAUCAGAAAAUGCAACAAUAUUGGUCGGCAGUAAUCUUACCGAAGAACAACAAAAAAAUUUAUUAACUCUCGUAAAACGCGAGAAGGAAAUACGUUUAAGGGUGGAACGUCUUAAAGAAAAGUAUUCUCCUGAAAUAUUUUUAAUUGAUUUAAAGUAUGAAUUCAACAAAUCUGUACAUAGUUUAACUAAAACAAAAGAAGAGGCUGAACAAAGAAGGGUGGAAGUUUGUAAAAGAAUUGAAACAAAAAGAAUUGAGCUUGAAAAAUUAGAGAUUGAAAAUAUUAAUUUGAAAAAAGAGUAUGGGGAGAAUAAGGAAAAACUUAUUUCAAUCUCUAAAACUGAAGGAGAAAAAAUCAAAAUAUUAGAACAAUUUACUUCCUCUCUCACAAAGGAAGUAUAUGAAUCAACUGCAAUCCUAGAAAGAGCUAAAAGUCUUCAUGAAGAGGAAAUUGACCUUAAGGCUUUCAGUAGUGUGGUUAAUUUGUUUAAUACUGAGUUUUUGUCACUUCUCUCUCAGGAACAAAAUGAAGAUACAAACAAAAUUGCAAGAGAAAUGAAGACACUGUUCCAGAACGCCUUAUUGCCAAACGACGAGACGAAUAAUGCAUCAAAAAGAGCAGAGUUUAUUUCCAGUUUGGAGCAAAAAAUUAAUUUAUCCAAACAAAAACUUUCCUCGGCAGAGAUGGAGAUUUCUAAUGCCCAGCUCAACAUCCAAAAAUCAGAGCAAGACCUCGCAGAUCUCAAAAAGAAGGAGUUUGAACGGUUAAACCACUUCUCAAAUUUGGUUAGUGAGCUGGAGCAAGAGAUAGGUGCUCUUGUUAACGAACGAAAAGAAUGCGAUGAUGAAAUUGAUCGAUGUAUUUCUGAGCUACAAGAGAUUGAAGAGAGUUAUUCGAAAAACAAAGAAUCAGCUGAAAAACAGAUCGCGGAAAAAUUACAAGGUUGUACAGAAGAAGAGCUGAAACAAACAGAAGAAUGUUUUGCACGAUGCGAAAUGUUUAUGAACUCACUCAAUCAAAUCAAAGACGUGAUUACCAAAAUAUCAAGGAAAUGUAAUUGUGAUUGUGUGAAUAAUUUUAUUGAAGCUUGCAACAACGUGGAAUCACAACUUUCACAAAUAGUUCAAAAGAAAAUGGAAAAGUCAAACAAACUUAGAGAUUGUAUUGAACAGAUUGAUUCAUUGACAAACAACAAAAAACUUUGCCAGGAGCAGCUGGAUAAACUGAUUGCAAAUCAAAGGAAGCAGCAAGAUGAGAAAGCCAAACAACUGGUGCAAAAAGAAUUCAGGAAAGCAGAGCUUGAUCGCAUGAUUGCAGCAUUAGACGAACAAAGAAAAAACAAAAUUUCUGAGUCAGAUUCUCUGUGCGAACCCGUGGAUUCUUCUAUUACGAAAUUAGAGCAAGAAAUUCAUGAGCUGACUGUCACAGCACAGACUCAAAAGAAAACACUCAACGCCAUGAAACGAGAUUUAGAGGAGGCCGAGGCAGUAUUUACAGGAAAAGUGUCACAAAUUAGAGCACAACGACAACAUUUAAAACAUAGACUAGAUCUAAAGCUGCAAGCAGUGGAAAAUGUAAAGAAUAGUGGGGCUGAAAUAAUCAUGAGAUCGAUAAAGCCUCCAAAAUCGAAAGAAAACAAGCUGAAUCAUUCAACAACCAGCUCCUAUUACAACAUGUACAUGAAGAAAAAAGAUCCUAAUGUUUUCAAUGACACACCAAUCGAAGAUGAAAUAUUUAGAUCUCUCGAAGAAGAAUCCAAAGAACAAGUCACAAGGAGUAAUGAAAUUGUUGUCUAUGAAGUCCAACACGACGUUUCGAAAGAUGUUGAUCAAACCUAUUGCGAAGAGGAUCCAGUGAAAGAAGAUCGCAUCAGCUCUGGAGUGACCAAUUCUUCCUCAAUGACUCUCUCCUCUCAUCAUGAUGAAAUGAAUGCUUCACAGUCUCAACCCAGGACGACUCCUUCUAAAUCUACCUUACCUCAACAUGCAAAUUCUUUACCAAAAACAACCGUUGCCAAGCAGCAAAACUUAUUUAUGCCAAACCGUGCCUCCUUCAAACUGUUUGGACCAAAUUCUAAAGCAUUGGGAAGAGAAGAUAUUCAAUAUAUUUUAGAAAAGUUCCAAUUCAUGUGCAAUGGUUGUUUGGUCCAUAAGAAAAAGAGUACCAAUGAAUAUGUGCUUCGCCAUGUUUGCUUAUCUCAGGAAUUUACUCGUCUACUCAUAAGAGACAACAAGAAGAAGGUUCCAGAGUCGUUUAUCAAAGUGGAGCAUAUUGAAAGCGUGGCAGGCAACAAGGACCAACAUGUCAAGAAUUUAGAUGGUGCGUUCACCUUUGUGAUGAAGACAGACACGAAGAAGCAUGAAUUUUUAACAUUUGAUGAAGGAGACUACAAUAACUGGAUGGAGGGGUUGAAUUUACUUAUUGACAACAAACAAAAUUUGUUUUCCUUAAGGUACAACAUUAGAGAUCUGUUCAACAACAAUUAG